AUGUUGUUAAAAUCUCGUCAGCGAUUGAGUCUAGAUGAUAAUUCGAGUCUUGAUGAUAAUUUGAAUCUUGUUGAUAAUAAUUAUUUUAGUUCUAUAGAGUGGGAAAUAUCAGUAAAAUCUCGUCAGCGAUUGAGUCUAGAUGAUAAUUCGAGUCUUGAUGAUAAUUUGAAUCUUGUUGAUAAUAAUUAUUUUAGUUCUAUAGAGUGUCUUGAUGAUUAUUUGAAUCUUGUUGAUAUUAAUUAUUUUAAUAAAGAUUGGGAAAUGUUAGUGGAAUCUCGUCAGCGAUUAUAUCAUAUGACAUAUAAAAGCAUAAAAACGAAUGCACCUGGUCGCAUGGAAUUAGUAGAGCAAAAUAUCACUAUCAGUAAUGGUGGCAAUUCAAAAUUUUGCAAUAGUAACCAUAUAGAAAUUUCGAAUUUUGUAUCAGUGAAUGCAACAGUCUUUCAAGGAACUUCAGCCAAUUCUUAUAUUCAAAUUGUUCGACUAUACUCGUUAAUUAAUGAGAAAAGAGUUGAAAUUGACAAAAUGCUAGAUUCACAACCUGUUUAUGCGUUAGGGCCUUACUUUAAACAAGAUUACUCUGUGCUAAGCAUUGCCUGCUGGGUUACAAAGCCUCUUAAUGAAUUAUUGAUCAAAAAGCUUUCAGAUUUGUUUGAUAACAAGUAUGAUAUAGUGCAACUCAGAAAUAAAGAUAUAAAUAGCAACGCUAAAAAAGUUCCAAAUGACAAUGAUAAUAAUUUAUCAAAAAGUGAGGGUGAUGACUAUCAAACUAGUGAAGAAAAUCAGGGUAGCGAAGGAAAUCAAAAUCAAGAAAAUCAAAAUAGUUAUGAAAGUAGUGAAAAAAAUGUAAACGAUGAAAAUGGUGAAGGAAAUGAUGAAAAUAGAAAUGGUGAAAAUGGAAUCGGCAGUGAAAAUAGUGGUGGAAAUACAAAUAAUGGAAAUAAAAAUGGUGGAAAUAAAAACAUUAGAAGUAAAAAUAAUGAAAAUGGCGGAGGAGAUGGAGAUAAUAAUGGAAAAAGCAAUGCUGAAAAUGAUCAAUUUAUUCGAGUCAUAUCAGCAGCAAUAGUUAAAGGUGAAGUCGAAGAUGAAGUCAAAAAGGAAGAAUUUCAGUCAUUUAAUAUCGAUGUUCGCAUUAGAGCAAAUAUAAAAAGGAAUAUUCUAAGUUUUAGUAUUGAACUUAUUGGGUGUGGAACGAAAUGCUUCAUAAAAAAUGUUUCUCCCAUCAUAAACAAUAAAUUUGAAGAGUUAGGUUUUACAGUGGAGGAUACAUAUAGUCCAUUAAAAUCAAAAGAUCAUGAAUGGGAAAUGGAAAUAAAAGAAUGUCCUAUAAAUGGGCCGACAUGGUCAUAUAAACUUAGAAGUGAUAUCGAGAUUAAUUUUGAUAAAAUUGAUCAUAUAACAUGUCCAGAACUACAUAAACGCCUUCAUUCUGGCAAAUGGCUUCUUGAAGAAAGUGUAAAAGAGUUUCGAAUCACUGUUGAGCAGAAACUUAACUGCAAAAUAACACCCACAUCACCUGAUAAACCUGAUAAACAACCACAAUUAACAAGAUUCCUGAUAACAUGUUUGCCCCGCUUAACUCAUAAACUUGAAGUUUCUUUUAAAGUUAAUGAUAUGACAAAAUUUAAUGAAGAUUUUGCUGAGUUAGUAAAAAAUUUGGGCCGAGAUAAAAGAAUCCUUGAUAUCAAUUUGGGUAAUACAAAUACUCUAAAAGCAAACAGAGAAUUUAAAAAUCGUUCGAAUAUUUCAAAUGGAUCAAGUGAGGUUAAACGUGCUUAUUUGGAAAAUACGAAUACCCAUUUUGUCAUCAAAUUGUUAAAUGAAUAUGAUAGCGAUAAAUAUUACGAGAGAUUUAAUAGAGAGAUAAUGAAUUUAAAAAAAAUCGACUCUUAUGAAAACAAUGAAAAUGUAAUCGGGUUUUAUGGAAUUACCAAAGAACCUUUCAGGGAAUUUUAUUCUAUGGUGCUUCAGUAUUGCGGUGAUAAAACCCUUAGAGAACAUUUGAAAGAGGAAUGUACUUCGAAAAAAGGCUGGAAAUAUAAAGUAGAAAUGGCUACAAAUAUUGCCAACGGUUUGAAAUAUAUUCACACAGCGAAUAUUGUACACUGUAAUCUGAAAGAAUGUACAUCGAUCGAAGAAGUCAUCUCUCGUCUUAAAGAAAUUGAGUUUGACCAUGUAUACCAAGAUUCUGAUUAUAUUCCAGAAAUUUCUUAUGGGAAUAGGAAUAAUUAUGCAUCAGUAAAAGAUGCUUGUUUAACAGUUAUUCAAGGCUCAUCACAAAAUAAAUAUUUUUUCCUUCCUCAGUACGCAACAACAUUUAUAGGAAGGAAUAAAUCAAAUGAUAUCAUUAUAAAAGAUCAAGAAAUUGCUAGAAAACAUGCAUGCAUUGAAUGUUUUCAGGGUAGUGUUGUCAUUUACGACUUAGGAUUUGAACCAGGAAUUUCAGUUAAUGACAAACGACUUAUAUUUCACUUUAAACGCGCUUUAGAAAAAGAAGAUAAAAUUAAAAUAGGACGUAGUGUUUUUCAGUACCUUCCUGCUGGAGAAUAUGAGAACCGCAUCGAUAAACUUUUACCUAUUUAUAACAAGAAAUAUUUGCUUAAAAGCUUGGAAAAGGAAUUUAAUAGUGCAAAAGAAGAUAAACAGAAUUUAAGUUUAAUAUUUUUUGAUCUAGAUAAUUUCAAACGUAUUAACGAUAACAACAGUCAUGGAGCUGGAGAUUAUGCUUUAAAAGAAUUAGCCAAUUUAAUUCAAUCUCAUCUUUGCCCUGAAGAUAUUUUUGCACGAUUUGGUGGAGAUGAAUUUACUAUUAUUCUUAAGAAUACUAAUUCUGAACUAGCUUCUGAAUAUGCAGAGAAAAUUCGAAAAGCUGUCGAGUCUCAUUCAUUCAUUUAUGAUGAAAAACGUUUACCAGCUACACUCAGUAUUGGAGUUGCUGAAAUAGAUUCAUCUGUGGCAUGUUAUGAAGACUUGCUUAAGCAGGCUGAUCAAGCUUUAAAUAUUGCCAAAUGCCAAGGUAAAAAUCGAGCGCUUGAUAAUAAUGUUGUUACGGGAGAGCAACUGACAAUAAGCGCGAUCAGAAUAGUAGAUGAAAAGGAUUGCGAAAUGGGUUAUGAAGAGAUAUCGAGUAAGUAA